GCAGCCUACACUCGAAAGUGACUAGGAGGAAGGAUACUAUACCAUGAUGCAAACAGAAAUUCCACCAGCUUCCAGAUAACAUGUGUCACGCCUCUGCCAAGCUCUGUAAGCAUUUACUUCGACUGGCCUCCACGGACUCCAGAGGAACCUGCUCCCGGCUGCUCUGCACCAGGGGAAGAUGAAUGACUGUGAGUUCAGGUUCAUCCACACGCUGGCUCAGGACUACCUGCAGCACGUCCUGCAGGUACCGCAACGUGGGUCAAGUCCCAACAAAACGUCCAAAGUGUUACAAAACGUGGCUUUCUCAGUCCAAAAAGAAGUUGAAAAGAAUCUGAAACCAUACUUGGACAAUUUUGAUGUGGUGUCUGCUGAUACUGCCAGAACAAUAUUCAAUCAAGUGAUGGAAAAGGAAUUUGAAGAUGGCAUCAUGAACUGGGGAAGGAUUGUGACCAUAUUUGCCUUCGGAGGAGUUCUGGUCAAGAAACUUCUGCGAGAGCGGAUUGCCCCUGCUGUGGAUUCCGACGAGGAGAUCUCUUACUUUGUGGCUGAGUUCAUUAUGAAUAAUGCAGGAGAAUGGAUACGGCAAAAUGGAGGCUGGGAAAAUGGCUUUGUAAAGAAGUUUGAACCUAAAUCUGGCUGGUUGACUUUUCUGGGAGUUACAGGGCAGAUCUGCGAGAUGCUGUCUCUCCUGAAGCAAUACUAUUGACCAAAAAGACACUGGCUGUUUCGAGAACUGUUGCCAACAUGUGUGACUUCUGCUUUUAAACAAACAGCUUUGAUGAUGUAACUUGACUUUACAGAGUUAAGGACACUUGGUCCUCAUUUUAAUGAAUAAAUUGUAUGUAUUUGUUCUCUCUA